AUGCGUUCGUUUCUCAUCAGCUGCGUUGCGCUCGCAGCCACAGUUCUCGCCCGCAAUGUACCUGCGAACCUCCGUCCAUCGCUUGCCGAGCGCCAGGCCAAUCUCCCCAGCAGCUUUAGCUGGACUUCGAGCGGCAUUCUAGUUUCGCCCAAGAAGGACAGCCGCAACCUCGCCGGCAUCAAGGACCCAUCCAUCAUCCAGUACCAGGGCACAUACCAUGUUUUUGCCAGCACGGCUAAAGAAGAGGGCUACAACCUCGUCUACUUCAACUUUACCGAUUUCUCAAAGGCCCAGGAGGCGCCGUUUUACUACCUCGACCAGUCGGGCAUUGGCACGGGAUACCGUGCUGCGCCUGAAGUCUUCUACUUUGCGCCGCAGAAACUCUGGUAUCUCAUCUACCAAAACGGCAAUGCAGCCUACAGCACCAACCCGGACAUUUCGAAUCCGCGGGGCUGGUCAGCUCCCCAAGUCUUCUACCCCAACGGCACGCCGGCGACGAUCCAGAAUGGGCUUGCGGGCGGCGGCUACUGGGUCGACAUGUGGGUCAUCUGCGACUCGGCCAACUGCCAUCUCUUCUCGUCCGACGACAUGGGCCGGCUGUACCGCAGCUCGACGCCCAUUUCGCAGUUCCCCAAGGGCAUGAACGAGCCGGUGAUUGCGCUGCAGGACACCAAGAACAACCUGUUUGAGGCGUCCAACGUGUACCGCGUGGCCGACAACAAGUACCUGCUUCUUGUCGAGUGCAUUGGCUCGGGCAACUCGCCGGGCGGGCUGCGCUACUUCCGCAGCUGGACCGCGUCGUCGCUGACGGGGCCGUGGACCGCCCUGGCCGCCACCCAGCAGAACCCGUUCCUCGGCCAGGCAAACGUCCAGUUCCCCGCCGGCCGCUGGUCCACCAGCAUCUCCCACGGCGAGAUUGUCCGCACAAACGUCGAUCAGACUCUCACCAUUACCCCCUGCAACAUGCGCUACUUGUACCAGGGUAUCGACCCCAACGCCAGUGCUACCUACAAUGCCCUGCCGUGGCACUUGGGCCUUGCCACGCAGACAAACUCAAACUGCUAG